AUGAGAGAGUUCGUCAACAUUCCACUGGUACAUAUUCUUACUUUGGUUGCCUUCAGCGGGACUGAGAAACUUCCAAAAGCCCCUGUCAUCACCACUCCUCUUGAAACAGUGGACGCCUUAGUUGAAGAAGUUGCUACUUUCAUGUGUGCGGUGGAAUCCUACCCCCAGCCUGAAAUUUCCUGGACCAGAAAUAAAAUUCUCAUUAAGCUAUUUGAUACCCGGUACAGCAUUCGGGAGAAUGGUCAGCUCCUCACCAUCCUGAGCGUGGAAGACAGUGAUGAUGGCAUUUAUUGCUGCAUUGCCAACAAUGGUGUGGGAGGAGCUGCCGAGAGCUGUGGAGCUCUACAAGUGAAGAUGAAACCUAAAAUAACUCGUCCUCCCAUAAAUGUAAAAAUAAUAGAAGGAUUAAAGGCAGUUCUACCAUGUACUACAAUGGGCAAUCCCAAACCAUCAGUGUCAUGGAUCAAGGGGGACAGUGCUCUCAGGGAAAAUUCCCGGACUGCGGUUCUUGAAUCUGGGAGCUUAAGGAUUCAUAAUGUACAAAAGGAAGACGCAGGACAUUAUCGAUGUGUGGCAAAAAACAGCCUUGGGACAGCAUAUUCCAAACUGGUGAAGCUGGAAGUGGAGGUUUUUGCCAGAAUCCUGCGGGCUCCUGAAUCCCACAAUGUCACCUUUGGCUCCUUUGUGACCCUGCGCUGUACAGCCACAGGCAUCCCUGUCCCCACCAUCACCUGGAUUGAAAAUGGAAAUUCUGUUUCUUCCGGGUCUAUUCAAGAAAGUGUGAAAGACCGAGUAAUUGACUCAAGACUGCAGCUGUUUAUCACCAAGCCAGGACUCUACACGUGCAUAGCUACUAACAAGCACGGAGAGAAAUUCAGUACUGCAAAGGCUGCAGCCACCAUCAGUAUAGCAGAAUGGAGCAAGCCACAGAAAGAUAACAAAGGCUACUGCGCCCAGUACAGAGGGGAGGUGUGCAAUGCUGUCCUGGCAAAAGACACUCUUGUUUUCUUCAACAACUCCUACGCAGACCCUGAGGAGGCCCAAGAACUACUGGUUCAUACUGCCUGGAAUGAACUGAAAGCAGUGAGCCCAUUCUGCCGGCCAGCUGCUGAAGCUUUGCUGUGUAACCACUUCUUCCAAGAAUGCAACCCUGGGGUGGUACCUACUCCUAUACCCAUUUGCAGAGAAUACUGCUUGGCAGUAAAGGAGCUCUUCUGUGCAAAAGAAUGGCUGGUGGUGGAAGAAAAGACCCACAGGGGACUCUACAGAUCCGGGAUGCUUCUGUUCUCCAUGCCAGACUGCAACAAACUCCCCAGCAUGCACUGGGACCCAAUGGCCUGUACCAGACUGCCAUACUUAGAUUAUAAAAAAGAAAACCUAACAACAUUCCCGCCAAUGACGUCCUCAAAGCCAAGUGUGGACAUUCCAAAUGCGCCUUCCUCCUCCUCGCCCUCCUUCUCUGUCUCACCUACAUACUCUAUGACUGUAAUCAUCUCCAUCAUGUCCAGCUUUGCCAUAUUUGUGCUUCUUACCAUAACUACUCUUUAUUGCUGCCGAAGACGAAAACAAUGGAAAAAUAAGAAAAGAGAAUCGGCAGCAGUAACCCUCACUACUCUUCCUUCUGAGCUCUUGCUAGACAGACUUCACCCCAACCCCAUGUACCAGAGGAUGCCACUCCUUUUGAAUCCCAAAUUGCUCAGUCUGGAGUAUCCCAGGAAUAACAUUGAAUAUGUGAGAGAUAUCGGAGAGGGAGCAUUUGGAAGGGUCUUUCAAGCAAGGGCUCCAGGCUUACUUCCCUACGAACCUUUCACAAUGGUGGCAGUGAAGAUGCUCAAAGAAGAAGCCUCAGCAGAUAUGCAAGCAGAUUUUCAGAGGGAGGCAGCCCUCAUGGCAGAAUUUGAUAAUCCUAAUAUUGUGAAACUCUUAGGAGUGUGCGCGGUGGGGAAGCCCAUGUGCUUGCUCUUUGAAUACAUGGCCUACGGGGACCUCAAUGAGUUCCUCCGCAGCAUGGCCCCACACCCCGGACGCGGCCUCAGUCCCAGCGACCUGUCCCCCGGGUCACAGGCCUCCAGCCCCGGCCCCCCGCCCCUCUCCUGCGCGGAGCAGCUGUGCAUCGCCAGGCAGGUGGCCGCGGGCAUGGCCUACCUCUCUGAGCGCAAGUUCGUCCACCGCGAUUUGGCCACCAGGAACUGCCUGGUGGGUGAGAACAUGGUGGUGAAAAUCGCCGACUUCGGCCUCUCUAGAAACAUCUACUCGGCGGACUACUACAAAGCCAAUGAAAACGACGCCAUCCCCAUCCGUUGGAUGCCCCCCGAGUCCAUCUUCUACAACCGCUACACCACGGAGUCUGACGUGUGGGCCUACGGGGUGGUCCUUUGGGAGAUCUUCUCCUACGGCCUGCAGCCCUACUAUGGGAUGGCCCACGAGGAGGUCAUCUACUACGUGCGGGAUGGUAACAUCCUCUCCUGCCCGGAGAACUGCCCCCUGGAACUGUACAAUCUCAUGCGUCUGUGUUGGAGCAAGGUGCCUGCAGAUAGACCCAGUUUCAGCAGCAUCCACCGAAUCCUGGAACGCAUGUGUGAGCGGGCGGAGAGCAGUGGGGGUGUCUGA